CUUCCAUCCACGGGGAAUGCAAAAGAAUAUUGUCCACUAUGUUUAUCAAAAUAUGGUGGAUGGCACUAUUGGAUCACAGCUUAAGAAGUGUCUCCAGGUGCCCUUUGUACGGUCUCUCUACUUGUACCGUCUGUUCCGAACAGCAAGUCCCUUUGACAGAAGAAUCACAGCUUUGGAAUGGCAUCCAAUGCAUCCCAGCACCGUUGCUGUGGGCUCCAAAGGAGGAGACAUCAUCCUGUGGAAUUAUGAAGUGCUCAAUAAAGCAUGUUUUAUUAAAGGGAUUGGAGCUGGAGGGGCCAUCACAGGAAUGAAGUUUAAUCCUUUUAAUUCAAGUGAGCUGUACACAUCAUCAGUUUCUGGAACUACUGUCUUGCAAGAUUUUAAUGGCAACAGAAUCCGGAUCUUGGCCAAUACCCAUGACUGGAAUUUCUGGUAUUGCAGUGUUGAUGUAUCUGCAACUCGUCGGACUGUAGUAACAGGAGAUAACGUAGGAAACGUGAUUUUGCUCAGUACUGAAGGUGAAAAGAUAUGGAAUUUGAAGCUCCACAAAAGGAAAGUGACUCAUGUGGAGUUUAAUUCUCACUGUGAUUGGCUGCUGGCUACGGCCUCUAUGGAUCAGACAGUCAAAAUCUGGGAUCUGAGAAAUAUUAAAGAUAAAUCGAGUUGUCUUCAUGUACUUCAGCAUGAUAAAGGUGUCAAUGCAGGCUUUAAUAUUCUGAUAUGGGACCGAGAAGUAAUGAUAGGUAAGAAGCAAGAGGAUCUCAUGCAAGCAAUGAAAGAGCAGAAGGAUGUGCCCCACCAAAGAGGACAGAGGCAAAGGCAAUCAAACAAAGAAACAAACAAAUCCAAAACUAAACUGCUCAGUCUUGAAUUAGAGGACACCAAAACAAAGGGUAAAGAAUAUACAAUGUACACUAAGAGAAGAAAAGACCCGGAGGACUUAUGAGUCAAGCUUGUGUCACUAGUGUUUGCUUGGAGCAAAGUUGGUGCUGCUGGUAUAAUGUGUGACAUUGACUUCAGAAGAAGGAAGCCCUUUUUACUGUGGACCAUCUUCUUUGAUGAUGGAAAUUAUGCUAGAGAACUGAGUCAUCUACUAUUAUGGGCAAGGCAUAAGGCAUUUACAUAUGCAUGUACUUAAAUGAGCUAAAAGGAACAUUCUGUUGUGUGUACCUGAAGGCUUUUAAUUGUUUAAGGCAAAGUACAAUGCGCAAAGGUAUGCUAUCAACCCAGAUUACAGUAUAUUUUCAAACCUGGCUCUUUUCUUUUCAUAAUAUAUUGAAAACUAUGUUCGUCCUAUGCUCACUAAAAAUAAGAGCUGCUUGUUUGUUUGUUUUAAGGACCAACAUAAUUUGUUUUUUCUCAGACACAGGCAUUUGUAUUGUGUGAGAUUGUAAAACUGUAUAGAACUUAGACAUAUAGAGGUACAAAAAAGGCAACUAGCUAUAGGUACUUUACUUUACUUUAAAACAGUUAUUGUGAUUCACUUACUGUGUUCUUUUGUUCAAAAAUAAUAUGUUUAAUAAUGUUUUUGUAUCAUAAUUAUUUUGUUAUACAGAGAAGCUACAUGCUUCUUGAGAAACAUAAUAGUUAGGGCAUAAGCCUGCUUAAAGAAUAUAUUGGAGAAACUUAAUAAAAAUUGAAUGAA